UCAUAAGAUUUUCCUAGUAAUCUCCACGAGAUUAAAGUCAGAAGAACCAAAGGCAGAUGAGUAAGCCACGUGUCAAUAACUUGAGCCUCAUACACACGCAAGGCGAUUGGAUAAACUAUAACACAUCAUCAUCAUCAAUUUUUGUACGGUUGUAAAAAGCCACUUGUCCAUGAAUCAACGGUAGAUAAGAACUCUUCUCCUUCUUUUUAAUUAAAUUUUUAUAUAAUAAAAAUGUUUUGUGAAACUCUAUCAAUCAAUCAUAAUUAUUAUUAUAGUUUAAUGAUUGGAGAGACCAAUCGUGAAUUUGUGGCCGUUGGAUCAAACUAAAUCCAAAAGAUAGGAGAAAUCGAAUUUAUAAAUUGCAGAAGAAGACGGCUAGCUCUUUGAGUACAAGGGACGAAUUUGGUCGGAAGGAUAAUGGAAGGAGAUGAUCGAUAAUUUGGGUUUCUAGGGUUUCUCUUGUCCGAUCCUUUUGAAAAUUUUCACCGAGUUUUUGGGGUUUUAAAAUUUCUAGUUGAUUUCAUUUUCAAAUUCUGGUGAAACAUUCUUUGUUUCGCCGGGUUUCAAUGGUGAAGCUUAGAUCUUGAGCUAAGAUUUACGAAAAUUUCAUCUUUUUUUUCUGCUAAAGUUUUGUCCUUUUUAGAUUUUGUGUUUUUCAUUCUUUAAACCGUUAAUUGAUUUCUUCUGAUUCAUUAGAGGUUGAUUUAUAACCAAAAGGGUUUUCAAUUGUUUGUUUCUGUGAUAUUUCACCAGAUUAAUGUGAAAUUUCUGAGAGAAACAAUCCAAUUCUUGAAAUGAUGAAGAGACCGAUCCCGAGUUGGCCAUGGUGGUUAUUAGGAGGUAGAAAAGAGAAAGAAAGGGAAGCUCUUAAGUUUCCUAAAAAUAUAACUAGAGUUAAUAAGAGGAAAGAGCUUGAACUUGAGAGCUUUGGUUCGUCUGGCUCAGAAUCUGUAGCUUUUGUUGCUUGUGUUGGUGUUGGUGUUGGUGAUGGACCUGAAUGGUCUGUUGGAUGGACUGAGCCACAUGGACCUGAUUUCCAAAGUGAUGAUGAAGGAGAUGAUGGUGGCUUCUUAGUGUUGGUUCCUUGUUAUAGAGCUGUCGCUGAAGGUUCUAGUAAUAACAACCAGCUUUUGAGUGCUGUCAAGAAUCUUCCCAACGGUUUGCCUCCUGAUGGGAAGAACUACAUGGAGCAAUGGCUUUCAUCUCUGCAAAACCUUUGACCAGGUCCCUUCCUGUUGUAGUUAGUUAGUAUUAGUUUUAGUUUCUCUAAGACGCUCUCUGAAGAAUCAUUUUGGUUACUACAUUAAUCCUGAAAACCCAAAAAAAAAGGAGAAAAAAGGGAAAAGAAAAGAGAGAACAAGAAAAAAAGAAGCACAAGUAGUUUUAUGGUUUAGAUUGAUGGGUAUCUUUUGCUUACAUUGAUCCAAGUGGAAACGGAUCAAGUCCAAGAAAAAGGUUGAAAAAUAGUAUAAAAAAAGAGUGUGGGAUUGGAAAACCUAUGGAGAAGAAGCAGCUUUAAGAUUGGUUACAUUCAGAAAACAGAUCGAAAUCCAAGAAGUGAAGGUGGGUAACAAAUUACAUUGAUCCUGGAAAAGGAUUAAAACCGGAAAGAAAGUAAUACGAAAGCAGUGCUAAGGGUUUAUAUCAAGAUGAUCAAAUUGAUGGUGUGAAUGGGAUUCUUCAAUCGAUUUGAAAAUUCAUGUAAAGUCUUGUAAAUACAAAAAAAAAAAAAAAAAAAAAAAAAAAGAGUGAUGUAUAUACUCUUGUAUCUAUCUUGUCCUGUAUCAUAACCUCCUCAAGCCUGAGAUUGAGGUGAUUGUAGAUUGUAUGUAAUAUUAACUUACCACUGAUCUUUUUUUGUAUAUAGAAACACUAUUGCCAUUGAAAUUCUCUUUAAAUUUCUCUGUA